AUGGCAUUCCCUGCGAAUUUUAAGAUCGAUAAAAUUAUUGCAUUUGCAUGUGGUCGAAUUGCUCAGACUUUGGAAGACCGGCCAAGCCCUUGGGCAGAUAUUAUUAAGCGACGGGUAUCGCAUCAGCACAGGUUGAUAUGGACACGAAAAGCUUUGAGCAAGUGGAUAGGCGUUCGAGGUAUUCAGCGCUUUACACAGGAUCCUGCAUACACUACCAUUGAUUCUGAACUUCUCAAAAUGCACGGAAUCACCACAAUCCACGAUCCUAAAGGUUUCCUUAUGAUUGACAAUCCUACCCUGGUGAUCUCAAUGGCGCCAAAUAUGCUUGUGAAAGAAAUAAUCGCACAUAUUGCACAACCGGCCAUGAUUGUAUGGGAUAUUGAUAAUGAAGAAAACAUAUUUGAAUAUAACCAACAAAGUGGUUGGCUGGAAUGCCCACCGCAAGUGAAUAUUCAUGACACACUACAUAGCUGCAUCGGACAAGCUGUUAGUGAGAAUAUUUACGGUAAGUGCGGAAACACCGAGGGCCUCUUUGCCUACAUCAUGCUCAACAAGAGACCUUCCACGACGAUUGGUAACCUGUUACCGACCACUACCUCGUCGAUUAGUAGCACUCAUUUCGAAUUCUUAUACUAA